AUGAGGUCCUACAACCCCCACGAACAAUUAGGAAGCAUAGGCCAAUCCUUUCUUAGAGGGGACCAAGCUUUUAGAUCAUUCAUUAACCAAUGCAACCUCAUGGAUAUGGGUUACAAUGGGGUUACUUUUACGUGGCGUCGUGGUAACCUAUUUGAACAAUUGGAUAGAGCCUUGGUGUCUUAUGAUUGGUGUGUUAGGUUCCCAGAUGCUUCUCUUUCACAUUUGAAUCCCUUAAAGUCUAACCACGCUCCCAUCCUCGUUAGAUUAUAUGUGAACAGAAAUGUUCGAAUCUCUCGACGACCUUUUCGUUUUGAGGCUGAAUGGAUGACUCAUGAAGAAUUUUCGACCCUUAUUCGCAAUGUGUGGGAUGUGAACUAG